CACGGAUCGACCGUCUUCGGCGUGUUGGUUUGUGCGUUCACCACUACGCGGAUACACGAGACGAUUCUGGUGUGUGUGUGUGUGUGUAUUUGCGUGUGAACGAGGGAGGAACUGAGAGGGCGUGUCCAGGGGCGGAGUCCGGGACCAAAAUCUUGAUGUGCAUCAGACAUUUGUAUGUGGGUGUUCUCCCUCUCCAUAUGGACAAGGCUGAUGUGUACGUCGUUCGUGUGGCUCUCUGCGUCUCUCUUCAUCUUUAUAUCCACCGCUCUCUCGUAGCCGUCGUCGCAUGGGAGUCUCUCCACUAUCAGACCCGUUAACAGCAGUCGGCGUCGAGGCACCCGCUCUAACGGCUAACGUCUCUCACAACCCCGGGCUUCAGCCGGUGCUCCGCCGUUCUCGACCUGUCCUAUCCGGCCGAUGGACCGCACGGAAAUCAGUGUCACUGACAACCGGAAGCUGCGUCUCCAGUGCCAUACGUAUUCACUGUCGCGAAGUCGGUAGGAGCUGUCCUACGAGGACCCAUCUAGAUGUUGAUGACGGCUUCGAGUGUCCUGACUGUGCCCGCGAAAGACGAGACAAACUCUUCUAGUGCUUGUGCGUUAUUAGGAAAUUGAUGAUCCUUGGAAGAAUGAAGUCCGCGAACAGAUAGUUUUGAGAAAGAAUUGUCAUUCAACGCACUUGAUUGCGCGUGUUGUUGUUUAAAAGGAAAAUUUUCUUCUCUGAAAAGUCACCAAAGAAACUGUUCCGAUAUACAAUCAUCGUUCUUGAAAAUACACAUUAUUCUUCUGAAGGACUUUUAGAGACAGAUCCGUCUCGACGGCCUCGAAAGAACUUUUCUGUUAAUUUUUGUUGAAGAGAUUAAACAACAUUGUACAUGUUCGUUUAUUGCUGAGAAAACUGAAGAAUCAUCAGCGUGGUGGAGGAGAAUGCGAAUGUCGUGUGCAGUGACGCGAAAGUUAUAAGAGAGUGAACGGACUCGAGGUCCAGGAUGAUGGAAGUGCAGCAGCAGCACUCGCCUGUCGGGGUGGGUCCUCUGGACUUUUCGAGACGAGGGGUUGCUGAGGCAUCGGCAUUUCGAGUUGUCAAGCCCAAGCAACCGGCUUCGUCGCUCGUGCACCAGCAACCGCUACCGCCGGAAACCAACAACAAUGAAAAUCUUCAAGAAAAUCCGCAGAUUCCAAUCGAUAGUGAAGGAGGAUGCAAUGUUCGUUUAAUGUUCCCAAGACUGUGGGCACCUUUCGGAAAUGCUACGGAGAUUACGAAUCUGCCACCUUUACCAAAAAGUCACUCAGAACGAUUAUCGUUCGGAGUGGGUCGUCUGGUGGGUUCUCCAGCGACGAGGAGUCCCUCGCCGUCGCAAUCUCCCUGUCCGGAUUCACCUCCGCCCGAGCAUCGGGACGCCGAGAUGGACGUCGACGUCGGUGAGGAGGAGGUCGACGUGGACGUCGAGGAGGUCGGCGACGAAGACGACCACGAAGGUACCUCGAGUCCGCCGCGAUCGUCAUCCACUCCCUCGCCAUCGCCUAUCAGCGUCGCGACGUCGCCCGUCUCGCAUCCGCCGAAGAAAUCCGGCGACAGUUUCAGCGUGUCGGCUCUCCUGAGGCCAGAUCCACCAUCCGCUCACCUGCAGAACGCGUCUCCGCAUCGGGAAACCGCUUCCAUCGGCGCACAUCCGCCACCACCCGGCUCGUCUAUCCUCUAUCCGCCGUUGCAUCUUCAGGGCGGCCUCUUGCCGCCUCAUCCUCACCAUCCCCUCUCGUAUCUGCAUCCUCAACUGUUGCCGCAUCAUCUUCUGCCGCCGCACCUGCACCCGCUUCUACGUGGCGUUCAUCCGGGUCACCCAGGACUGCACUCGACUCACACGGCGCACGGUCUGCACCAUCCCCAUCCGCUCGGCGAUGUCUACAGCUGCGUCAAGUGUGACAAGAUGUUCAGCACGCCGCAUGGGCUCGAGGUACAUGCGAGGCGGUCGCACAACGGUAAACGGCCAUUUGCCUGCGAGUUGUGCAACAAAACCUUCGGCCACGAGAUCAGUCUGACGCAGCACAGAGCCGUGCACUCGGCGGAAAAGGUGUUCGAGUGCAAGCAAUGCGGUAAAGCCUUCAAGAGGUCCAGCACGCUCAGCACUCACCUUCUAAUCCACUCGGACACGAGACCGUAUCCCUGCCAGUUCUGCGGCAAGCGAUUUCAUCAGAAGAGCGACAUGAAGAAGCACACCUACAUACACACCGGGGAAAAACCUCAUAAAUGUCAAGUGUGUGGCAAGGCAUUCUCGCAGAGCAGCAACCUGAUCACGCACUCGAGAAAACACACGGGUUUCAAGCCGUUUGCCUGCGAGCUAUGCGGCCGAGCUUUUCAACGAAAGGUCGACCUGAGGAGGCACCGCGAGACCCAGCACGCUGACCUCAACGCGUCACAUCGACCGCCGAUUGGUUCGAUCCCCGGACAGAAUUCCCUACCCAGUGGCAAUCCACCGAUGAUGCAGUGAAGCCGCGACGAGGCAGCGAUUGAUAAUAAGCUGCCGGUCCGGCGCGAAACGGCUUCCGCGAAUCAGGCGGUCUGACCGGAUUGAGGCUGUAACUACUGCGGAAACGCGAGCGAUCAAUUAAUCUCAUGGAUAGAAUCAUGAGUGAAACGAUUGCGGAGUGUGAUGGAUUGAACGAUGUCAACUUUUUGCAUCUCAAAUUACUUUUUAUAUUUUUUUCCAGCAAUGAAAACAUAUCUAAAU